CCGAGUCAGGCCGAAGCUCGAGAGUCGUCCAGGCGUUUUCGGCACGAAGCAGUCCGUUGGAAACCACCCUGAAGCCCGUCGUCGCUUUGCUACUCUGUCGGCAUUUCACCCCUAAAUCUUUGUUCCGGGGCAAAAUCUAGCCUCCGCUGAGACCAUAAGUUAAGCCAUCUGGCCGCAUAGAAGAUCCGGCGAAGAAAGAGGCAGGAUUAGGAACUGUUGAGGCGAGGGACACAAGCAGAGACAUGGACAAUGUGCAAAUGAUCGGCACUAAAAUCACAGCGAUCAAGGAAUACUUAUAUAACUUCGCACGAACGCAUUCACCUACCAGACUAAUGAGUUCCGAAAAUACUUAUUCGCUCUCUAAAGAGCAUUGCAACUUAAAGUAUUCGGACAUUCUGCCACAUAAUGCAGAAGGUUAUCCGGCGACUAGAGAGUUCUUGAUGAAAGUAGUGGACAUCCUGUUGGACUUCGUCAAAUCAACGAAUGAUAGAAAUGCGAAGAUCCUCGACUUUCAUCAUCCUGCCGACAUGAUGCGUCUGCUCGAUUUAGAAAUUCCUGACACCGGAUUGACUCUCCAACAACUCUUACUGGAUUGUUCCACAACUUUGAAGUAUCAAGUGAAGACCGGACAUCCACAUUUCUUCAAUCAACUAUCAUGCGGUCUCGAUUUAGUGUCCAUGGCUGGCGAGUGGUUAACUGCGACAGCAAACACAAAUAUGUUUACCUACGAAAUCGCUCCUGUAUUCAUUCUAAUGGAACAUGUUGUUCUACAAAAAAUGCGCGAGCUUAUAGGCUGGAACGGCGGUGACUCUAUUCUCGCACCAGGAGGAUCUAUUAGCAACCUUUACGCCUUUCUUGCGGCCAGGCAUAAGAUGUUCCCGUACUAUAAAGAAAAAGGACUCUCUGCUAUUGGAGGACAGCUAGUUAUGUUUACGUCCGAUCAGUGCCAUUAUUCUGUGAAAUCAUGUGCGUCCGUUUGCGGCCUCGGUACGGAUAAUUGCGUGAUGGUGCCUAGCGACGAACGCGGUCGCAUUAUUCCAUCGAAACUGGAGGAAUUAAUCCUGGAGCGUAAGGCCAAAGGUCACAUACCAUUCUUCGUGAAUGCCACUGCGGGAACAACAGUUAUUGGUGCAUUCGAUCCGAUCCCGGAAAUCGCUGAUAUCUGUCAAAAAUACAAUCUAUGGCUGCAUGUCGACGCGGCUUGGGGUGGUGGAUUACUUUUGUCGAGAAAGUACAGGCAUCCGAAAUUGACCGGCAUCGAACGAGCUGAUUCAGUGACAUGGAACCCACAUAAACUUAUGGGAGCUCUGCUUCAAUGUUCCAGUAUUCACUUUAAGGAAGACGGGCUACUGAUCAGCUGUAACCAAAUGUCCGCGGAAUAUCUGUUUAUGACGGACAAGCUGUACGACGUGAGGUACGACACUGGCGAUAAGGUCAUUCAAUGCGGGCGUCACAACGACAUUUUCAAGCUUUGGUUGCAAUGGCGCGCCAAGGGAACAGAGGGUUUUGAGAAGCACAUGGAUCGGCUGAUGGAACUGACGGAGUACAUGGUUAGAAGGAUUAAACAAAUGCCCGACAAAUAUUAUUUGAUCCUCGAACCUGAAUUAGUGAACGUCUGUUUUUGGUAUCUACCUACGCGCGUACGAAACAUGCCACAUACCGCGGAGAGAAUAAAAAUCUUAGGCGAGAUAUGUCCAAUUCUGAAAGGUCGCAUGAUGCAAGCUGGCACUCUGAUGGUUGGUUACCAACCGGAUGAUCGACGGCCCAACUUCUUCAGGAACAUCAUUUCCAGUGCCGCUGUAACGGAGGCUGAUGUCGAUUUUCUCUUGACUGAGAUGGAUCGAUUGGGCCAUGACUUGUAAGAAAUCUGUCCAUAUAUAGGCAAUAUAGGCAUUAAUCGUACGAUGUGCAGCGAUUAGCCGACUGGUACACCAUAUCCGUGAUUUGUCUGACAAUGAGUGCAUUUUUCGCGCGUUCUAAAAAAAUUAUAAAUUCGAGACUCAGGUCACAAAAUUUAGAAUCCACCAAUAUGAACGUAAGGCAUACGAAGAAAUAGGCGGUUUUAUUAUUACGAUGGGAGAGAAUAUCCCUGAUUUUAUUUUCUCU